AUGACGAAGGGGUCGCCCUCGUUUUCACCGAGAAUAGACAUGUUCACCCUUGGAAACUUCGCCGCUGCUCGUGCUGAGGCCAGCAACAUCGAAACAGAACAGUCUGAAGGGGAUGGUGCUCCAGGCCAUGUGAUCCAAACUACUCAGGGCCGUGGGUCCCGGGGCGAAGACAUCAGUAGUGAAAGCAGUCGCUCUGACUCCAGCAGCGAGGACGAAGGAGAACAGGAUGAAACAGAUCAGGUAUACGUCGGUUCGACCUCUGAGACCUUGAUGGGACGCAUCCUUCGUUGGGAGACCGACACCCAGGAAUUGCAGGGUGCGGAACGGCUGAUCACCCCCUUCCCGGAGGAGGGCGAGCAACUAAGGAUGCCGCCAAUCAACAGAGGGCUCAGUGAUGCGCACAUAGCAAUCUAUGGUUCACGUCCUCCAACCCCACACCCAUUCUUUGAGGAUCAAUCCUACCCCACACACUCUUCCUCAAGCACAGCUCCUCGUACUGCUGAACUACAGGCAACCCCUCCUGCUGCUCAACUACAGGCAGCCCCUGGUAACGCGCCCCCGAGUCUUCCUAGCCAACACUCCACAUGCCCCCAUGGUGCCCACCGUACAGGUUCGCCCACUCCGUCCUCUGCACCCUCUGAGUCUGAUCCAGAUCCUGCAUGCGGGGUCUGUUACAGGAGGUCCGUCGAUGUGCAACUGGUUGGUUGCAAUUACUCACUAUGCAGUACAUGCACCCGAAGAACUUACUUCGCGUCACCAAAACAUUUCAACCAUUGGCCAUUGGGCAUCGACUGCCCGUUUUGCCGUAGGGGUGUUCAAUUUGUGAAGUCGGACAAUGACUCUGGGAGGAUCAGAAGAUUACCACUCUGGGUGGUGAGGUGGAGUAUCAAAGAAAGGACAAAAGUCAUGAAAGCCCAUAGAAGGACUGUUGAACCGGAGGAAAUGAGGGGCUACGUUCGUUUCAUGCAGGAUGCGAUUACCGUACGACGUUAUCCUACGCUUCCAAACACAGAGGCUGCAAAUACUGUCGUAGUUGGAGCUCCUGCUCCCCCCCCCCCCCGGUCCGGUCAAAAACGAAACUACGUCUGA